AUGACGAUGUACUUUGGAAGUAGAGGCUUUCAGCUUAAAAAUGAGCCCAGGUUCAUCAUUAUGCAAUUUUGUUUUAUAACGAAAUUAUAACAGUUUAAAUCCAGAUCUAAAAUGGUUAAAAUGGCCAAUUUAUAAUUUUUGUUAGAUAUUAUAUAGAUAUAAAACAGUGUAUUUUCAAAGAUUUAAACGAUUUUUCGUAAAAUCCAUAAAUAAAGGUUUGUGCAAUUUCAUUGCAUUAUAAAGUUUCUCUACUUUCUUUUUACUUAAAUAUCUCUGGUAGAAAUUCUAUACUUUAAUCGUCGAUAGUUCCAGAGUUAAAUAUCAUUUACAAUUUUUCAAACAUUGGAAAUUCAGUUCGAACAUUCUCACGAGCGAGUGAGACUACUGAUAACAUUAACUAUCAAGUGAAUGUUUCACAGUUUUACAGGAAUAUUCAGUCACAUUAUAGGAAUAAAAACAAAGAAAAAAAAAAUUGUUUUACUUUGCACCAUAUUGAAAGUUUUGUGCUUACAACACGCUCGUACGAACAAUUCUUGUCGAUGAAUAUAGAAACGAUGGUAAACAGUCUGGUGUUCUGAAAGGAAGCUACUGCCAUAAGUCACGCCAACCUAAAGUGUCUCGGUAGAUCGCGAUGGAUGUCGAUGGUAUGCUAUAAUCAUUCGUGGUUUAAUCCCAUAACUGUUAGGGAAAGUCGAACGGUGGCAGGUACGGUAAAUACGAAUCUUCGAAACGUCUCCAUUUUGUAUUAUAGACUGAUCGAUGGGCUCAGGGCCAAUAUCGAUUAUCCAGAUUUCCCAUCCACUUUCCAUUCAUAUUCUUUCCGAAUAGCUCGAACUGAUUAUUCUAGAAUUACUAGAAACCAAAAAAUUAAAAAUAGGAAAUAUUGUUAAAAACACGAAAGAAAAUAGUUUUAAAUUAUUAAGAGAAUAAUUACUCGAUGAAUAUCGCUAUAAAGAUAGGGAUUAAUAAUCAGAUACAUUUAAUCCUUUUACUGCCAAAACUGGUCAGAGUCGAUUGACAUUUUAUGAACAACAAAACCAAAGAAAUAUGGCGACUGUCGCGCAAGGUCCGACUGGCAAUAAACGGGUGAAAUCAAAUCCGCCAUUACCGUCUGUCUAUCGGGCGAGACCGCAAGGUCCACCUGGAUUACCAAGGCACCCUGUAAAUAAUGGUCCCGUAGCGCAACCGCGACCAAGUGGACAGCAACUGCAGCAAAUUCGUUUCGACAGCCGGCCUCCAGUCGGCCAAACGAAUCCUCUUCAUUUCGGCCAAGUCAGACUGUACGGGCCUCCGAGACCGCCGGCCGGUUCGUUCCCUCAGAAAUCGCCGCAGCAAGGUCAACAUCCACCCAUCGUUCUGAAUCCACGAUUUCCACCGCCGACCGUGCAACGUUCGCAACUGGGACCUAGACCGCCUCAUCCUGGCAAUUACCCAGCGCAGAAGUUCCAAGGCAACGUGCAACGGCCUCAACAGCCAAGGCCAGAGUAUCCGAACGGACCUUAUCAAUCGAGACCGGAGCACCCGAACGUCCCACAGCAAGGACGAAAUCCCGACGUUCUCGCGCGGCCGCACGAAAUCGUACAGAAACGAUUGCAGCGAGAUGAGUCAUUGUUGAGUAUACCUCAGCAGAGUUUACCGAUCAAGAGGGAAGACAAGGCACCGUCAGCUCCGCGGAUAGUAGUGGACAAAAUGGCGGACAUCGACAACUCGAGGAAGCUCCGGCAGUUGGAAAAUCCAGCGUCGGAGAAAAAGGAGAAAACGGAGCUGCGAGAGAGCGCGGAGAACGACGACGACGACGACGUCGUGAUGGACGGAAAGUCGCCACGCGCCAACGGAGACGUUACUGGCCAAGAGGACUUGAUAGAAGAGUCUAAGUUGUCGAUGAGCGAUGUCCAGUCGGCGAGAAGGCCGGAGAAUGCCGCGAAAAUGGAUAAUAAAGUUGGCACGAUCGCGGAGAAAAUCGGGCAGAAAAUUAGCAGUGUUGCGAACCUCGACGAGAAGCCUGUCAAAGAUUCCAACGUGACGGAGUGUGAUAACAGACUGUUCGCGAAAUCGAAUGAAGAGGAGCGCGGAAGCUUGUUAGACAAGCGGGACGUAGAUAAGAUUGGCGAUCAACUAGACGAGCCAGAAAGAAAGUUGGUCGAAGACCAAGCUCAGAAAGAGAAUGCGAAUAAAGAAAGUGUGACGAAACCGACAACACAGACUGAAACGAAUGCCUCGUCUACCACGUCUGUUGCGGAAGAUAUAGUUACGAAAUUGAAUAACAGUAACGCCGAACAAUCUACCAAAAAAUCAGAAGAAACGCGGUCAGGGCGAAACGAGGAGGAUUUGAAGGUAACGUCGACGUCCGAGGAAGGAACACGUGCGGCUUUGAUCGCAAAAUCAAAUGAAGCCGAUCAAAAGGUGCAAGCGUCGGCUAAAUCCCCAGAUAAGUCUCCGGGAACGGACCUGAAGUCAUCCACGUUUCCAGACAAAUCUCGCGCCCAGGCGGAUCAAAGUCAAAAAGAACUCGAACAAGAGGGAACGUCCAAAUCCCCGGAACAGUUCCGAGGAAUCAGCCCGGCAAAUGCAAAGAAAGAACAAAGCGAUCGAGAACUCAAGACACCGCUCUCCGUGUCUCAAAGCAAUUCACCGGCGAAAGUGAAUCAGACUCAGAAGAAGGUGGAACAAACUCGGGAGAAGGACGACUUCGUGUCUGUAUCAGAAACUAAGUUAGACGUAGAUUUGUUAAAGGAAACGAGGCAAGCCGAAAACACGCAAGAACCAAAGAAACCGAGUACACCGAUGGAAAUAGAUCAGAAGAAGAACGAGCCGGGACCCGUUGAAACGUUGGAACUUGAAAAAUCAAGCGAGAAAGAAAGAUCAUCGGAUCUCAGUCUCUCUCCGAGGGAGAAGGAAUUGAACGAUCCAUCUUCGAAGUCCCCGAAUAAAUCGGCGAAUGUAACUGAAAAAUCAAAUGCAGAGGAUGUCUCGAAAGAUUUGAAAUCUAAUAAUCUUCGAGAUACAUCGGAAACGAACGUGGCAAGCGUUACUUUGAGUCCACCCGCUUCUGAAAGGGAAGCGAGUGAGACGCAAAAAUCUCCGCCGGUACUGUCCCCACCGAAAACUGCCGAGGAAAGUGUGAAAGGUUUCGACAAUGGAGAACAACGAUCACUGUCGAUAAAAUCCUCGCCGUCCGAAAGUCUUCACUCGCCCGUUUCUCCGAAAUCGCUGAGAUCGCCUGUCGAGAGCGGGAAAUUAGAAGAGAGCGAAAAAACCGAACAGAGAAAGGCCGACGAUAAAACGACAUUGGACUCGAAAAGCUUGCCGAAACCAGCUAAAUCGUCUAAUGUUCAACGCGCACCGACGCCCGCCAAACGGAACGAAAAAUCAGAAAAGAAGUCUUCAAAGACACCAGGAACCAACCACGAACGGAGUCGGAGAUUCACCAACGAAAAAGUCACCCUCGAAAUCGAAGGAAGCUGACAAAAGGUCGACAGCCGGGUCACCUAUAAAAUCGCCAAGUAAGUCCGUCAAAUCGUUACCACGAACACCAGAAACUCCUUCGUCGACAGCCGGUCAAGAGAAGAAAAAACUGCCAAUGAACAAAAUUCAAGUUGGUGCGGCGCCCUCUCCAAAUCUGAAAACAGUACGGUCGAAGAUCGGCUCGCUAGAGAAUGCAAGUUACAAACCAGGUGGCGGAAAGGUGAAAAUAGAGAACAGGAAGCUGGACUUUAGCAAGGCUCAGCCGAAGAUCGCCGCGAAAAAUGAGAAAUACACACCCAGCGGUGGUGACAAGAAGAUUGCUCAAAUUAAACUUCAAUGGAACGCGAAACCAAAAGUCGGAUCAUUGGAGAAUGCAACAUACAAGCCUGGCGGCGGUGACAAGAAGAUAGAGACAGUGAAGCUUGAUUUUAAGGAUAAAGCAAAACCAAAAGUCGGCUCCAAAGAGAAUGCUAAACACAUUCCUGGCGGUGGCAGCGUUAAA